AUGGCUGCUGGUAAUGUUUCUUUCAAAUCAUUACCAAAACAAAUGAGUGAUUCGUGGAUCGUUAUUGAGGAUCAAGACGAAUCAGACUUUGUCGUCAUCGAAAAUGUAGAUGAUAAACAACAAUCUCAUAUACCAUUAAUUCCAUCGCCGAAAGCUUCACCACAAACAAAACGGCCAUUAGCACAAAAUAAUAAUAAUAAUAAUAAGCCGCCGAAUAUGGCUCAACCAUCAUCUGGUGUUAAACAGAAUAAAAAACGUAAAUGGAAGGUGCUUUAUUCAUUACCAUCAACAAGUGUUACCGCAAAUGUUGAUGAUUCAAAUCUUGAUUCAUAUGUUAUGGAUCAACAUGCACAAUUACUCGACAAACGUGAUUUACUUAGUAAUCAGCAACGCAUUGUCAAAGUCAAAUGA